UUCGCACGUUUACCUCCCUGGGUUGGGUUUCUGAAGACAAUUGUUUCAUACUACCAAGCAGAAAUCACCUAAAGCAAAUGUAGCUUAAGAAAGAGCAAUACUUUCAAGUUAAAUAUUAACCAGAUUCAAACAAGCUCAGGAGCAUUUCAAUUGAGGUUAACUUGCUGGGCUGGUGAACGAGAACGAACUCAAGCAGUGAAGAAUAGGCAUGGGGAUACUCUAUUCGGAGCCCAUUUGUCAGGCAGCCUAUAAUAACGAUUUCAAUGAAGUUCAGCUCCUUUUGGAGCGCAACAGAAACUACCUGAACAUCCAGGACAGCUUCAGUGGAGACACCCCCUUAAUUUGUGCAUGCAAACAGGGAAACAACAGGAUAGUUAGCUACCUCCUAAGAAGAAAUGCUGAUGUCAACCUCAGAAACAAGAAAGACCGCACAUGUCUGCAUUAUGCUGUGAGAAAACGGUUUACCUUCCUUGACUAUGUGCUCAUCAUAAUCCUCAUGCCAGUCAUGCUUAUUGGAUACCUUCUCAUGGUCUCAAAGACUAAACAGAAUGAAAACCUGAUCAAGAUGUUGCUUAGAGCUGGAGUGGAUGUUAACGCUACAGACUUUUCUGGUAGCACAGCCCUUCACUAUGCUUGUGAAAUGAAAAACCAGGCAGUCAUUCCUCUACUGCUUGGAGCUCACGCAGACACGUCUAUAAAGAAUCAGAAUGGGGAGACUCCCUUAGAUAUAGCAAGAAGACUGCAGUUCCACAACAUUGAAAGCAUGCUAAGGAGAUCUUCCUAGUCAUCAAGGACUCUUGAACAUGCAGAAAAUUACCUCAUCAGGGAAUCCAUCUUGCACAGCAGCAGGAGUCCUGCAGAGGGUCAAGGGCUGUUACUUGAUAAAGACUUGGUCCAAAUCCACCCAUUCCUUGCUGCAGACUUUGACUAUUUUGUGUGAGGCUUGUCAGUACCCCAAGGGCACGUGGGCUGAAAGGAGUUAAUUUGAUUUUAGUAAGCCGUGAAUGGUUACAAUAGCAUUCAAAAUACUGCCCUUCCCAUCUGCUUCCCCAGUUUUAUUACUGGAUUUGCUUGUGGGCUUUGAAAGCUAGCUAUAACAUGUCUGGAAGCCUAAACAUUGAACAAGAUGGUUGGCAGCCAAUGCAAGAAUAAAAUAUCCUUCAGAGUGUGUGUUACUUGUGCCAUAGGGGAUACACUUGACAACUGAACACUGUGCCACAGCAGUUUAUGCAAAGCCUGGUACCCUUCCUCUUUGUAUUUGUCUUCCUGCAAUAGGAGUGACUGGGAAAAUAGAUGUCUCAGCUUAGCAAUUCCUCCUUCCAUC